AUGAAAUCCUUCAUCACAACAGUUUCCCUUUUCCUCACAGCCUCUACCAGCUUCGCCAUCGCUCAAUCCUCCAUCUGCUCCGAGGGAUACCACCCCCAGUGCUGCGCUUCCGAUGUCCUGGGUCUCGAUUCUUCAAGCUGCGGUGCUCCUCCCAAACAGCCAACAAAUGGUGCGGAUUUGGUGGCUAUUUGCAGAGAGGUAGGACAGGAGGCUAGUUGCUGUUCUUCUCCUGUGUAUGAUCUUGGGGUCAUUUGUGUUCCGGUUGUUGGUGUUUAG